AUGGAGAAAGCGUUGCUUGCAAGUGCGGAUCUUGGCCAAGAGGCUGGAUUGAUCAACUUUGCGGAGGUUCCACUGAAUGAUUCUGCAUGGAAGAGCACGAGCCUCCGAGAGCGCUUGAGGAUCACAAGCUUAAAAGUUCUGCGAGACAAUGCCUUUUUGCCAGUGCCAGCUGUGAUUAGCACCUAUGUUCCCAUCGGCCUUAUUUGGUGGUUCGGCUUCCAGUGUCUCUUCAUGGACACCUCGGUUUCGCUUCUGACCGAGCUUAACAUGAAGAAGUUUUUGAUAUAUCAAAUUCUUCAUGGCCUUCUAGGCCUUGGAGCGACCUCUUCCUUACUGGGCUUCCGUUUCAAGUGGCACCUGGGUGGUACGGGGAUCCACUUCCUGAUGCCGGGAAGUCUCUGCUCGCCGCUACUGCCCAAGCUGGCGCAGAAGCUGAGCUUCGACCUCGGUGCCUCGGUGCCCGGGCAGCGCUCCUUUGUGGCCGUUCUCAGCUUCGCUCUUUACAUCGCUUUGCUCCUAAGAGCGCUGCUGGCAAAGGAGCUGGGGGUCUCAGAGCUGCUGCCCAUCUACCUCGUGCUUGUGCUCUGCACCAUCUUCGAUUUCACCAUCUACCUCGCGAGUCGGGGCGAGCACUACGUCUACAUGCUGGUUUGCCUGGUCUUCCCGGAUUGGCGCAGUGGCAUGCAGUGUGUGCAGCUGGCACUCUGGUGCUGGGCGGGCAUCUCCAAAAUGGGUCCUUGGUUCCAGUACGUGCUGCCCUUCAUCACGAAGGAUUCGGCAGUUGCCAACCUCCUUCCCCGAGAAUUCCUUGCCAAGAUCCUCCUCGCUGACUAUCCAAGAGAUGUGAACCCAAGCAGAUUCACGACGGUCUUGGCAUGGACUGGAGCAUUCUUGGAAGUAAUCUUCCCUGCCUUCUGCAGCUGCUCUGCCCCUCUGCGAUAUUUCGGUGGCUACGGGAUGAUCUGCUAUCACACCUUCAUCGGGCUUUGCAUGCCCUUCGCAUCAGUUUUUGAGUGGAACUUCUUCUGCAUGAUCUUGGCAUACUACCUCUUCGUGAUGAACCAGUUCUCGCUGCCGUCUUCUCUGUUUUUACAGGUCUUCCUGACACUGGUUCUUGUUGUCGUCCCUGUGGUGGGGCAGUUGUACCCAAAACUGGUGCCGUUCCUCCUUGCUUACCGCCCGUAUGCCGGCAACUGGAGAUUCCAGUGGUAUAUUCUCCACAAGACUGCACUGCCCAAGCACCAGAAGUUGAAGACCAUGGAAGACCCGUUCACAGGCAACAACCUUGGCUGGAUGUACAAGACCCUUUUUGGAAAGUGGGGAGAAGCCAGCAAAAGUGCCAUCGAAAGAUGGGACUGGUUUCUAACUGCCAGUAUCAUCUACGUCCCGGCUUACCGGCCGUUGGUCUCAAUCCUGGAGAAGCUAUGCGAAGAGAACAAAUGGGACAUAGAUGAUGUGCCUGUGACGCAAGUGAUGUCUGGGCGAUGUACGGGUGUGCGGACGGGUGCAACAUUUGUCAACUUUGCUUUCUUCAUUUAUGCAAGCGAUGUGUUUAGGUACAAAGUAUGCAUGUACAAUCUGAUUGCAAUCUGGUGUAUUUAG